AUUUAUCUGGUAUCUAGUUACAUACAGUAUCUAAACUAUUAGAAUGGGUUAAGCUACGACAAAGUACUACAGUUUACCGCAUCUGUCCACCUUUAUGGAAAAAUAUUACACUUCCGCAUUUCAACUACAUUACCCAUAAUGCACUGGAAACGUUAACGUCUUCUUUUACGACACUUUACGACGUACGUCACGCAGUAUCUCGAAUUGCUCUUAUUUCCAAAUCCAACACACUCAGCUGCGAAAAUAUGUUCAACAAAAAGCCCAGAAGAAAUUUUCGACAGAGAAAAGGAGACUCUAGCGAAGAGGAUGAAACGCCAGUGGCCAGCGUAGAUGUAGACGGCUCGGACAAGGCAACAGUUGUGGCAAAUAAGCCGUCUAGAGGAGCCCACUCCCGUGGAAUCUCAUGCAGUUCAAAGCGGGAAGCUACCACUUCAAAGGUGGAUGAUGGUGACGGAGAGGACGCUGACACAUCCGAACUGACAGAGAAAGAGGACAAGGGGAAAUACAAAGAUGCCAUUAAGAAGAAAACAAGCACCAUGCUCAGUUUCUCCGACGACAAAGAAUCUCUUGAACCUGAGUUUAAAUUGAAGAAGUCGUCUGAUAAAACUGUGCUGUUCCAAGUAAGAAAAAAGGAAGCUCCACCUGCCAGAACCAUCCAAAGCACUGAGCCAGAGGAAUCUGCCGCUCCCAGGCAAGAACGUGGCAGCCAAGCAUCACCAUACAGUUCUCACCAAAGUGACAGCAAUGAUGAUCACUCUGAGGAGAUUGAAAAUGAAGACGAUGAAGAGGAUGAAGAGGCUGCCAGUUCCUCUUCAUCUAGUUCAAAAUACACCCUCACUGCCAAUAAACCAGUUGUAAUCCCCAACGAGAGGCAGAUCGAAGCAGCCAAGAGGCUGCGACGCACCAAUCGAGCCCAGAAAGAGUUCAUCUCCCUGGCAAGAGACAAAGAUGGGCGGAGCUCUUGUAGUAGCACACCAGAACGCUACCACAAGGAGGAGGUGGUUGAGGAAGAUGAAGAAAGGGUUGAUGACGAUGAAGCAGAUGAUCACGAGAAAAGAAUCGAGUUCGCCCCACAAUUAAAAAGCGUCAGGGAGAGGAUUGCAGAGACACUUGGUGCAAGUGAUGGCAGUUUGUCAGGGACUGAUGAAGAGGAGCAAGAGCUUUGGGAGGAGACCCAAAUUGGCAAGGGAGUCAAGAGACGGCCAGGAGGACUUAGCCCAUCUGGCAGUGAGUCCAGCAGCUACAGCAGCAGUUCCUUUCAGCGUGAUAAACAAAGACAAAAGAAGAAAUCAAUGAGCGUCAAAAAGAUCCCAGAGACACUUCCCUCCAUCACUGUCUCGAUGGUUAAGAGGAGGAUCACUGGGAAACUGGACUCCCUGAAGGAGGUACACAGAGCGCGGCGAGCUGAGCUGACUAGAAUGGAGGGAGAUGUUGACAGUGCUAAAACCUCUCUGGAGAACCUAGAGGAAAGCUCUUCUGAAAAACAACUAAAGUUUUACAGGGACAUGACUCUCUUCACCCACAAUUUGUUAGAGUGUCUACGAGAGAAGGUGGUUGAAAUAAACUCUUUGGAACUGGAGCUGCACACUCUACUUUCUAACCAGAUGGAGGCACUGUGUGCUCAGAGACGACAGAAGAUAAAAGAGCAUGCUCACCACUUGCAGCAGCUCAGCAAAAAUGGAAAUGAGCUGGGAGACGCUACCAAUGGGGCUGAGACUGGCUGUGUGACAGGCAGUGGUGAUAAAGCUGAAGAAGAUUGUGGUAUACCUGCAGACACACAGUCUUCGAGUGAGGAGGAAGAUCAUCUGGAGAAGCAGACAGCUGACAUCCUCCAGAGGUCGCAGGCGGUGUUUGCCGACGUUCACGAUGACUUUCACGAUGUUAAAAGGAUCUUGUCUCGGUUUGAAGAAUGGCGGGCCUUCUAUUCAGAGUCUUACCACAGUGCCUACAUCUCGCUUUGUCUGCCCAAGCUGCUAAACCCCAUCAUAAGACAUCAGCUGCUUGUGUGGAACCCUCUUAAGGAUACCAGCAUGGACUUUGAAAAGCUCCCUUGGUUCACAGCAGUGGAGACCUUUUGUCACGGCCAUGGCCACGAGGAGUUGGAACACUCAGACAGAGAAAUGCUGUGUAAUGUCAUAGAAAGGACUGUUCUACCCAAAAUAACAGCCUUUGUAACGCUGAUGUGGGACCCCAUGUCUCUCCAUCAGUCAGCCUGUCUGACUGAGAUUUGUCACCGACUGAAGGAGGACUAUUCUAUCUUUGAAGGAGAGCAGAGAAAACCAGUUAAGACGCUCACAGAGGCUGUGAUUGGGCGUCUGCGGAGCUGUGUAGAUGAAGACGUCUUCAUUCCGCUGUACCCCAAAAAGCUCCUAGAUGACCGUUUGUCUCCACAGAGUCGCUUUAGAAAUCAACAAUUCUGGAUGGCCAUAAAGCUGCUGGGAAACAUGGGGAAAUGGGAUAUGCUGUUGCCUGAUUCUAUACUGAAGGAGCUUAUAUUGGACAAACUGCUGAGCCGAUACCUGACGGUCACCCUGUGCAGUCAGAUGCCAUCAGAUAGCAAUGUUCAUGCUUGCAAAACGAUCGCUGACAGCCUGCCGCUCAGUUGGUUCAGAGGAGAAAAUGAAUGUUUGCCUCAGCUGCAGUCAUUCAGAAACCACCUCGUUCAGAAGGCUCACAACAUUUGCAAACAACAGCCUGCUGAUGAUCCAAAAACUAGGCUCGCUGUGGUCGAAGUGCUGAAAAUUUUAAGUACAAUUCGAGGCCACGACUCGAUCAUGGCCAUAACAGAAAAAUACCACUAUGAGGAUGUCAUCUAUUCUCAUCAGCUGAUGAAUCACGACACUGAAUGAACAAAUAUGUCACAAGUUUGGCUAAAGGACGGCACACUCUUUUUCCACAAUAUUUUUUAAGGCAAUACAGUAGGCGAAGAGCUGGUCGGAACUACACUAUCAUCUUGUGGUUGUCUUAAGUAAUUUCUUGUGUCUGUACAAGAAAUAACUAUUUUUAUAAAUAAAUAUUUGUAUUUUA